GAACCUGACCAACCUGACUGGCUGAGGAUCAUCUAACAAUAAACACUUUACUUCCCUGUUGACCAAAGUUCGCUUGCAGUUAUCUACGACGACCGAGUUUCAGAAGCAAGUGAGAAAGAGCAGCGGUGUGUUCAGAAAUCCCCGAAAUGGCGAAAGUGAACUGUCUUCUCAGAAACCUUUUCAUUUUUUUCAACGUACUUUUUGCUAUUGCUGGAGUUUGCGUGCUCGUUCUGGCGGUACUGAUUCAUCUCCACGUGAACACUGCCGAGUUUGACUUGGACAAAACUAAUGGAGUCAUCGGGCUGUACAUGAUCGGGGCUGUCACGUUCCUUGUGUCAUUUCUUGGAGCACACGGUGCGCUGAAAAAUGUGAAAUGGAUGCUCGUUGUGUUUAUCGUUCUGAUGUGUUCCUGCUGCUUCGCCCUGUUGCGCGUGGCGGUGCCUCUAGCUGUUCUGCACCCACAGGUCAGCCUGAUGCAGGAGGAAAUGCAAAGUGUUGGGCCUUUGGAUGAAACCUCUGAGAACUUCCAGGGAAUCAUGGAUGAAUUCCAGAGUCAGUUGCACUGCUGUGGUCUCGUCAACGGAUACAUGGACUGGAGGGACCAAGUACCAGACUCCUGUGACUGCUCCUCAGAUGAGCUGAUGCAGAAUACAUGUGUGCCCCUACCAGACUAUACUGUGAAGGGAUAUGAUUUCUUCCUUCAGCUUGAGUCAAGGAGGAAUUCACGGAGGAUGGUUCGUAAGAUGCCCUGCGGUGAGAUCAUCGAGAACAAAGCAGUUGAUGUGAUCCUUGGACUAUUCUUUGGAUUUUCCACUUUGGCAUUCCUUGGGUUUGUGAUGGCCUGCUGUCUGCUAGGUCAGACAUACAAGACGCCAGAAGCCGUUGUCAAGCCCUCCAACAUUUUCAGCAUAUCAUCACAGCCACCUAAAUACACUAAGUUGGUUGAUGACGAACUGCACCUCCAGUGGCUUUGAAAGCAGAAAGCAGAACACAACUCAAAAUUUUGCUUCAACAUGUUGAGUUAUUACUAGAUGGUUGGAACUAGUCUUUUUAAAUUGUUGACUAUGUUGCUUAGUUUUAUCUUUUCUAUUUUGCAAACUUCGCUGGGUUUGACAUUAAGUCGCAGCUAGUAAUUUUCUCAUUCUUGGUGACAUCUUGGAAGUGACUUUCUGUGAAGUAUAUAUAAUUCAUAUGCUACUGGCAAAAUGCUGGAAGUUCAGUUAACGCCUUCUGUUUUUCUUUUAAUGUAAAUUUCACUGAAUGCCAAAUGGAAGGUUUUGUUGUCAGGUAAAGAAAGCUUUUUGCACUAUUUUUCAAAUAUCAUUUCUAAUAGCCUUAUUUUUAAUAUUUCAUUUAUAUGUUAUGUUCUGUUCAGACAAUGUUUUGCACCUUUUAGAAUGGUACUUUUGAGUAAAUUCUUUGUGUGCUGUUAAAACAAUGUGAAAUAAAAAUAUUUCAACAGA